AUGUUCUGCUAUUUUUUAUAGGUGCCCCCGAUCAUCCCCAAUAACCCCCAAAAAAAGAAUCGAGGCCCCAAGUGCUUUAGUUUGGCCGUUUAUAGACUCUCACAGGCGUAGAUUUAUAGUAUUGUUCCGAUUCAUACUCCCCACCGGUUGGUGGCGGUGGUGCGCCAAAGAGUUUAUUUGACAACCACCGUUUAAGAAGGGGGAAGAAAAAAAUCCGCAGAAGAAGAAUCGCAGCGCGUCAUCUCCGGAACGUCCCACACAAAAAAUCCGAGUGACACGCCAUCCACGCUCUCUGGCCCGGCCGAGCGUAUUGUGCAACUGUUAUAACGGCGCCGCCAAAGAGCCCCGACACGUUACUCACACGGGCUCCAAAAGAAAGUUCGCCCGCGCCAAAGUCAGCUCGGAUAAAUCCUUUCCGAAAUGGGGGUCCGCAAAAAGACCAGCAAGAAUCCGCCGGUGCUGAGCCACGAGUUUGUCAUCCAGAACCAUGCAGAUAUUGUUUCCUGUGUUGCUAUGGUGUUCCUUCUCGGACUGAUGUUUGAGGCCACCUCCAAAGUUGCAGUGUUAUUCAUAACCGUCCAAUACAAUGUGACCAUCUCAGCAAAUGAGGGCCUAGAGGAAACGGCUGUGAACUACUUCUUCCAUGGCAUCAAGGACUUGGCCGCUGUCUUCUUCUACAUGCUGGUUGCCAUCAUCAUGCACGCCAUCAUCCAGGAGUAUGUACUGGAUAAAAUCAACCGGAAGAUGCAUUUCUCAAAGACCAAGCACAGCAAGUUCAAUGAGUCCGGCCAGCUGAGCGCAUUCUACCUCUUCUCCUUUGGUUGGGGCGCAAGCAUCCUACUCUCGGAAAACUUCCUGUCUAACCCUGUCAGCCUGUGGGAGGGGUAUCCCCAUGUACUGAUGCCAUUCCAGUUGAAAUUCUAUUACAUCUGUCAGUUGGGCUACUGGUUACACGCUAUCCCAGAACUGUACUUCCAAAAAACCAAGAAGGAGGAUAUUCCACGCCAACUUGUGUACAUCUCCCUGUACCUGGUCCAUAUCGCAGGCGCCUACGUUCUAAACCUCAACCGUCUGGGUCUGGUCCUGUUGGUGCUGCACUACUUUGUCGAGCUGCUCUUCCAUGUCUCGCGCCUGGUUUAUUUCAGCAACGAGAACAAGCAGACAGGGUUCACCAUAUGGGCUGUCUUGUUUGUCGUCGGACGACUGCUCACCCUGUCCUUGUCUGUCCUCACUGUGGGCUUUGGCCUUAGCACGGCCGAACGACAAAACCUCGAUCCGGCCUCAGGAAACUAUAAUGUCAUCUUUGUGCGGGUCACUGUUCUUGCAGCUAUCUGCAUUACUCAGGCCUUUAUGAUGUGGAAAUUCAUCAACUUCCAGCUGCGUCGGUGGAGGGAGCACGCCCAGACUCAGACCUUGAAAAAGAAACAAGCUCCCCCCAAAAGCAAGUCAAAGAAAGACAAAGCUAAUGGAGUAAAUGGAGUGAGUUCCAAUGGAGCUGAUUCGCUAAGACCCAGAAAAGAGAAAUCGUCAUAAAUGUAUGCCCCCAAAGCCUUCCUUUGUCCUACACCCCCCCCCCCAACCGCCCCCUCAAAAGAGCUCCUUCUUCCUCUGCCUCGCUGGCUGUAUCCAACCUAUCGAUGCUCUGUCUUUCCACCAUUAUAUACGUUUUUAGCUCCUGCAGAACUGACCUCCCAGCUGGACAUCCACGGCUAGAAUGCACUUAGCCAUUCGUGUUUCCAGCUGUCCAGCACGCCUUGAUUUCAGAAUCAUUGCUCUACUGUGGCAUUACAAGAAAAAAAAAAAGAAAGCAAAUGUAAAGAAGAAAACAAGAAGACCUUAUUUAAAAAGUGCCUAUCGAUACCCAUUGUUCUCUACAGGGUGUUUUUUUUUUUUAAUAGGAUUUAGGAUUGAUCAUUUCAGUGUUCAGUUUUAUUUUUCCCAACAACAGAUCAUUUCAUGCUUACACUUAGAUACUGUAUAUUCCAGAUUGUAUUGUUUUUCCACUAGUCUUCUUAUUUCAUUCAUAUAUUUAUAAUUUCUAGUUCAGAUCCACUCUGCCCUUUUUCUUCUUAUGUAAGAGAUUUUUGACACAUUCUAUGGUAGCAGUUAAUGACUGUUUUAUCCUUUUAAUACCCCUGAUGGAUUCAUAAAAUGAGUGAUGGUUGCAUACAGUCUUUGUGUAAGACCUCAUCUUUAGAACCCGGCUGCUGGUGAGUGUUUCAUAUACAUAUGUAAUUAGACAUAACAUUUUCUAUGAGCUUUAGAAGGGACAUGAAUCCUGUCCUCUGAAUGUUUUUUUUUUCCCCAUGUGACUGGCCUAUACAGAUGUAAUUUUGAUGAAAGCAUGUUAAGUUCCCAAUCCAUAUGCAAGUGUUCUUGAUGUUGGAAUGGUGAGGAGUACCGAAAGGAAGCAGAGCGAAAAGGGAAGAAAGAAUCUCCAUGGUAAUAGGUGGAUUCCCAGCCUAGUAAUAUACAAAAUUGAUAAUGGGAGACUGCCAGCUAAAAUGUCAGAAUAACCCAACGUAAGAUUAAAUUUGAGAACUCAGCCCUGUUUGACAUUUACAACAGACCAACGGACUUGGGGUGAAGUUAAAUUGAAUAUAUUCCAGUUUUGGUGGAAAUGUCACAAUUCCAGUGAAUACGUGUAUUGUUUUAUUUUAAUUUGAAUCAUGUAAAGCGAACAAUUAUGUCAGAUUUCAGUAGGAAAGUAGCCCUACGGGAAGUAUCCAUUUGUGAGGUUUAUUGAAUGACUUUUAUGGUCCUCAUCACUGCAUUGUCCUCAUCAAUUUUUUCCUUGAGAGGAACGGUUGCUGCAUUUGGCGUUGUGUAUGCGUGACCUUAAACAUGUCUGGAGGAAUAUAGUUGAUGUUGAGACAUAGGCUGGGGAUGAGAAAAUCCCAUUCUGUGUGUCUUUUUUUUUCCUUCCCGCCUACCAAUGACUGUGCCAAAUGAGAACUAGUAUGAUUGCGGAUUGUUUUGUGUGGUUUUUACUUUCCAUUUUCACUUUUUUGCCAUUAAAAUGAUGUAUAAUG